GCACAUGGGAUGAUUGGCUUGAAGUUUUCCUUUCUGGGGAAUCUUAGUAUGGUAGCUGGUUUGACAGUGUUAUAGAGUGGUGGAACAGAUGUAAAGACAGGCCUAAUGUACUGAUGCUGUCAUAUGAAGAUCUUAUUGUAGACUUCCAAGGCUGUGCAAAGAAAAUAGCAAAAUUCCUGGGACAGUCUUACCCUAUAGACUUUUACCAGAACCUGGAGAGGGCAUGUAGCAUUGAUAAGAUGAGAAACAACAAGGCCCUGGAUCCUACUAUAGCACAUAGGACUGAUAAGAACAGCAGUAUGUUUAGAAAGGGUGUGAUUGGUGACUGGCAGAAUCAUUUCACAGUUGAGCAAAACAAGAAGUUUGAUGCGAUUUACAAAACCAGAAUGAAAGACUGUGAUAUUCCAAUACGAUUUACAAUGCAACCAAAGUACAAUGCAAAAUUGUAGUUUCCUAAUACAAUAAAAUCUACCUCAAGUGAAUAUUACAUGGUGUUGAAAAUUAGGUCAAU